AUGGGUGAGUGUGGUAAACAUAUCGUUUUAAAGAUGAACAUAUUGGUUAGACAAAUAAUUAAUACUAUUCUUGCAACUAUUGUAUUGGCAUAUUAUUUAAAAAUAUUAGAAUGGGCUCCUAAUAUUAUGUAUAUGAUGGUAUACUCACCGCCAAAAUAUUCUCCAACCUCGAUUGAUCUUCCAAAUCUCUAUCCUCUAUCAUCAUCAUCAUCAUCAUCCUCCUAUUCUGCUUCCACUCUAUCUACAUACUCAAAUUCUACAGCAACCUAUUAUUCUGCUAAAUUGGAAUCAUCUAAUAGUGGUGGUGGCUGCUCUUCAACAAUGAAUGAAUUAAUGUUGACAUUUGGAUCGUUGCGUGAUUGGUGGUCCAAGGUAAAGAUCUAUCCCAAUACAGACCCAUCGAUACGACGAGUUGAUGCCAUCGAGAUUGCACUUGGCUACCCUAAAGCAUUUAUCAACACACCUGUCAUUCGAAAGAAAUAUAAAUAUUAUAAAUUUGGUAUUAGAGAAUAA